UAACAGUAGAUAGAAGUAUCCACAAGCAACACACUCACUCACUCAACCUACCACCAAUGCCCAAUGGGGAACUAGUUUAACUUCUCAGUGAUCGUUAUAAAGAGUUCCUCUCUGAGUUCUUCAAGCAAUCGAGCAGUUCGACCCAAAAGAGAUAAUAGCGAAGAUCUGCCCAUGACUUCUCUCCCUGCACGGCUCAUCCUCCCCCUCUUACUGUUAUUUGGGUCCUUUUGCUCCACCCUUACCCGCGGCGGAGAAGAUGCGGAAGCUCUGAAGCUGCAGAAAGAUCAGAGAGAGUUCGAUUUGUUCAAGCUCGCUCUCCAGUGGCCUGGCACCGAGUGUAAGGGUACUUCCAAGUGCUGUUCCACCAAUGGCUGUUGCCGCCCCAAUGCGAUUAUUGGAUUCACAAUUCAUGGACUCUGGGCAGAUUACGAAGAUGGGACUUGGCCGUCCUGCUGUGAAGGUUCCCAAUUUGAUGAAAAUGUGAUAUCACCUUUGCUUGAUGUCUUGAACAAGUAUUGGCCAUCUUAUAGAUGCGGUUCCUCCAAAACGUGCCAUAAGACCAAAGGAUUGUUUUGGGCUCAUGAGUGGGAAAAACAUGGAACAUGUUCCUAUCCAAUUAUUAAAAAUGAAUAUGAAUACUUUGUGAAUGCUCUGGAUCUUUACUUCAAAUACAAUGUUACUGAGGUUUUGAUUGGAGCUGGGUAUGUACCAUCAAACUCUGAAAAGUACCCACUUGAAGGCAUCAUUUCAGCCAUUCAAAAUGCUUUCCAUAUGACUCCAGAAGUAACAUGCUCUAGUGGUUCCCUGGAGGAACUUCGGCUGUGUUUUGAUAAGAAUUUUGAGCCCCGUGAUUGUGAAACAGAAUCUAACACUGAAAGUGGCAUAAACUCUUUGAAAAGCUCGUCAUGCCCUUCAAAUGUCAGCUUACCAAUAUAUGAUAAAUCACAAUGGCUUGAAAGCAAUGAAGCUGUCAUUUCUCAGUCCAGUGAACAGCCUAUAUUGAUAGAGAGAGUCAGGGAGGCCUAAUUUCAGUGUCUUCCCAUUCUUGUAUUGCAAUUGUAUGAGUUGCUCUUUGAUCUGGAUACAUCAAAUGAUCAUUGGAAUGUGAACUCUUGUAAAAAUGUCCUAAAAUAAUUAUUAGGAUCAAGGGUUCAUGCAAAGUAUUCUGCAGCCCCAAUUCACAAAACUUGUAUCAUUAUGUGUCAUGCAAAUAAUUGUAUUGUUGGAAACUUAAUAAGUAAUUAAUGUUUGAGAUGUACUGUCAUAAAAGUUUAAAUAAUAUUUGAGGUGUUGUGGUGUUA